AUGUGUUAUCGUAGAGGGAAACAUAAAAGCCAAACACCCAGUGUGGCACAGCAACACGACAAACACAGCUGGAUUAAGUCUAUUCAACCAUAUCCCGUAACCCCAACUCACUUCCCUGACAGCCAUAACCAUAGACCAGAUGUUCUAGAUGAAGCUCUAAUGAGAAUUGCAAACAUGCAAUUCGAUAUAGAAAACCUGAAUGAACUAUCAUCAGAUCACAACUUUAUACUACUAAAUGUAUACAACCAAUCAUUUCCUCAAACAUUUAAAACAAAAACACUGAUAAAUUAG